GAGUGUACACACAGUAAGUUCGGCUCCAGCGCGCAGAUGACCCUGAGACAGACAAGAGGCACCAAAAAACCCGCCAGGAGACACUGAGGCUCGGUCACGUGUUUGUUUGUCCCCUCGCGGAGCCCUGCCUGACUCCAUCGUGAGUUAUAAUCAGACGGCGAAUCACGGGAGCAGCCCACGCUCCCCCGACGCGCGCCAUGCGAGCGCACACCCCAGUCCGGCGGUGCUUGGGAUUGGGCGGAGGGAGGGAGUGGUGGCUGCGGACGGAGUCACAGGAUUGGUAGAGUUCAGCGCCAAACUUGUUGACUCAUAACUGAGCUCCAUCCUUCACGGCGCGGAGCUGUCCACGGCCACUGGUGCUGAAACUGCACGAUUUUGACGCGCUGUUGGAAUAUUUCCGACUUUUAUUUCUCGCAUCGAGUGUUUGAAAGUUAAAUAAUCCCCGUGCUGCACGUCCGGGCGUUUUGUUUUUACGCGUCACUUUGACGGAUACUCAAACGCCGUCACCGCUCUGACAAAGAGCGCAUCAAGCCUUCCAACUUCUUCUCCGAUCUAGCAGAGGACUCCCCGCGUCGCAGCCAUGGCUUUCAUGGUCAAACACAUGGUGGGAGGACAGCUGAAGAACCUGACAGGCGGACUGACGGAGGAGAAACCUGAAGCGGAGAAAACGGACGCGGCGGCGCAGGGGAUGACCCAAGAGGAAUUCGAGCAAUACAAGGAACAGUUAGAGGAGGAAAAACAAGAGCGAGAAGCCAAUUUUGCCCAGAAGAAAGCUGAGAGAGCCACGGUUAGAAGUCACUUCCGGGAUAAGUACCGACUACCAAAGAACGAGCUGGACGAGACCCAGAUCCAGCAGGCGGGGGAUGACGUCACGUUGCCCACAGAGCUGGCCAAGAUGAUCGCCGAGGACAACCAGGAGGAGACGCACAAGCAGUCGGUGCUGGGCCAGCUGUCCAACAUCCAGAACGUGGACAUCGACCAGCUGAAGGACAAAGCGCAGGCCACGCUGGAAGACCUCAAAAAGCAGACGGAGAAUUGCAGUCUCAUGUGAUCGCGCAGAAGUUUAGAGUUUCACUUGUACAAAUAUUUUUUCAAAAGGCAGAGCUGCUCUGGGGGGUAAAAACAUAUUCUCAUUGCUUAGGAGGAAUAUCAGACGACUGAGCCGCGUAAUAACAGUUUUUGUAGCUGUGCAAAAGUUUAGACAGAAAUCAUGCACAAAAGAGAGCGAGGCACGAGAAGAGCAAGUCGUACUUACUGGAACAAAUAAUACGGGCAUACCAGAUGACCUUCAGAUCUCCUAAAAAAUCAUGAAUGUCAUUUAUAUUUGUCAAUGAAAUUAGCCGCUUAGCUCUCUGAAAGAUUUGCUCUCUGGCUCCUCCCACUGAGAUUAUAUUUGCCUUCAGAGCAACUCCUCCUCUCAGAAAUAAUCCUCCGUCUUUCCUUUGCCUCCCUCCCUCUCUGUACCUCACACACCCGGUGAUAACACAUAUGAUUCUGCAGCAGAGGUCUCAGGCGUAUGUGUGUGUGUGUGUGUGUGUGUGUGUGUGUGUGUUACCUUGCUCCCCAAACAACGCAGCAGAUUAUUUCACAGAAAAACGAGUGCACAUCUUCAGUGAGAUCAGCUGUUUGUUUGAGCCGGAAACACACACGGAUGAUUCUAGCUCACACUACAGGCUGCACGUGCGACAUGUGGAUUCACAGUUUUGUGAUUUCGGAGUUGGAGGUUGUUUUUUUUUUAUUUCUUGUACAAAAGCACAAAAAUGAAGAAAGGUGCAAUAUUAAUUAAAAGCAACAAAAAAAAGGCAGAUUUUUUGUCAUAAGUAGCUUGCUGUUGUCGACCACCUGGUGCCCUGACGAACACAUUCUGUGUGCUGCAUUUAUUCCUAGUUUGAAUCUUUUUCCUGAACAUAUCAUUAUAAAAAGCCUUUGAGUUCAGCUUUCUCCAUACUUCAGCGUGCCUUGGUUUUUCUUCUCUAGAUCUCAAACACCCGUAAGCUACUUUUUACAAAGACUCUUCCUCGUAUGCGUUUGUUUUGGGCUGAGCGUUUCUUACUUUUUCAGAUUGACUAAAAGCAACAACUGAUAAUGUUGGAGAGCAGGAAUAGAGUUAGCUACGUGCAAUAAGUGUGCUCCAAAGGUUCACCUAGAAUCGACUUAAGCUGCAUGAGGAGCAAAUCUGCGUUUUUUGGAUUGGAGUGGAAACUCUUUCUUUUCCUUAAGGGGAAAUCUGGUUUGCAAACUGAAGUGCACACAACCUACACACAUUAUACAAAAUGCACAAAGACACACAACACAUAUCUCUCCUGGAUGUGAUAAUGAUAGACGUGCAGUGAGAUAUGAGACACACAGUCCAGGAGUCCACAGUGUGUUUGCAAUGGAAAGGAAGCGUACAUGUUUAAAAACCUGAUGGCUGAAGGAACACAUGACCUCAGAUCUGCACCACGAUGUAAAAAAAAAACCUUAAAAGCUGCUCGGAUGAGAGAGAUGUAAAUGCUUUACGAGUUGUAUGUUGACAAAACUUUGACUUACGUAAAGAAAAAAAGGCACAAAUAUGUAAUACUGCGUACCUGCGGUGUGAGUAAAUCCACAUUAUGUUGUGUAAGAUGUAAAUGUAUCUGCUGCUUGCACAUGCUGUCAAACAGCGGCUCAUCUGUUUUCAUCAGAAAGUGUUGUCGACCCGCCCACCUAACCAUCGGCCUGUCCUCCAUCUCAUUGAUCCCUGCGUCUCAGUGGUGACUGUCUCGUGCUGGUGGAUUCGUGUUGCUUAGCUGAUGUGAUAUUUCUAGUGGCGUCUUUGUUUGAAAAAAAAAAAAAAAAAGUAAAAAAGAAGCAGAAGCUCAAACUGUGGCAAAGAAACACACAGCGCAGUCACCGUGGGCUUACUGUGCAAACUCAGUGUUCUGUCCACGUUGUUUUCAAGACAUGUAUAAAAGCAAAGGGAGUGGAGAGGGGAUGUCGUCGGUGUUGUUGUGUGUUGAAUCCGUUUGCGCUACAUUUGGCCUGUGUGUGAUUUUAUGUAGCUGUGGUGCCGAGAGUGACGUCAGUUUUCAUCUCAUAUCUGUCCCCUGUCUCUGAUCAACGUGAUGUUAGCUGCCAAAACACAGCUUGCUUUGAGAACACCGCAAAAACUCAAAACCUACCCAGUCAAUCUCUAACAUCAUAAAUAUCUUAUUAAACCUGGUAGAAGCCACGUUCACCUGGCAGGUUCAGGUAAACAUCGUAAAUCGAGAUAUUACAAACACAACGUGAGGCCUGAAUUGUGUUUAAUACGUAAAAACAUAAAUGCUAAUGCUGCAGGGGCGUGUCCAGACUUUUCUCACCGGGGUGGCCCACCUACAGAGCGCUGACGUUUGCAGGGGUGGCCUGAUGCAUUUGGGCACACACACAUGCAAAAUAAAUUAAAACAUUUAGACUAUUUCUUUCUCUCUUUCUUGUGCAAAGUCAGAAUUGUAAGCACUUGGAAAAUGUCAUGCUAACUCUUGCAUGCUGUCCAACUUGCAAAGAGCAAAAACAGUAAACUGAAAGAACUUCCACAAGCCCAUUGAAAACAGCCAGGAUACUAGAUUUGUACUUAAGCCCCGCCUCUUAUUAGGCAAAAUAGCCAAUCAUAGAUUUGGAUUUUGGGGGUGGAUUUCAAGGGGGGUAUUUGUUACCCAUCUGGACACGCCCCUGCCAAUGCAGCGAUUUAAAUCUACGUAAAGUAUCUUGAAUAAAAUGUACUUAUUUAAAUAAUUUUAAGACACUCAACUAGUAAAGUUAGCUUCCCCAUUGGCAGAUAUUUGUUUUUAUUAGGAGUGUAUUAAGGCUUUAUUUUCUGCUUUUUAUACCUUGAUAUAAGAUGUUUAUCUGGAUGUGGCAGGAGAAUUUAGAUAAAGACACUUUCUAAGAUUGGAGUUUUUGCAGUGUAUUCUUUUUACCUAAAUCUUCUUUUGACAUGUACGUGUUUGAUUUGAGAAGUUUGUGCAGAGAGAUCGUUUUUUUUAUGAUGAGUUGUGAUGUCUUUGUUGUGUGUGUGCCAAAAACUACUUGCUGAAUGAACACAGAGGCAACGCGCUAAAUAUUUUUCAGUCCAGUGGUCGUCGUCAUGUGAUAGGUAAACUGUGUCGUUACAACAUUUAUUCUAAAGCAGAGGAAGAGUUGCAAUAAGUCCUUUUAUAAUAGAGGUAAUAACACGUCUGUCAUGCUUUGAUCAUGAGAGAUCGUAAACGGUCGGAAUAGAAGCCAUAAUGUGAAAUGUUUGCCAUGUGUGAGUGUGUGCAAAAAACUUAAUUAUUCAAUAACUCAAUAAUAAUACUGACAAUAUUGUUAAUAAGCAAUUGUAUCCUUUUUGUGUUGUCAUCCUACAAGUUCUUGAGCUUAUUUUUGCCGGAAACGGUUUGCCAUGACACCGCUGUCGCUCCUCGUUCUUCAACUGUUUUUGUUGUUUCACAGUCGCUCCAUCAUUCUGUCUCUGAGGGUACAUCGAUGAUUUUUUCAGUUGUAACCGCAAUAAACAGAUUUUUAGGAAAAUAAA